GACACACAUGCUUCCCAUUGAUCACCUAACUGAAGAACCCUUCUUCAUACACUACUUCUUCCCCAAAUUAAAACCCUAGGUUUCUAAAUUAACCCACCUAAAUUGACAAUUUCUGUGAAAAGGCUCCUCAAUCCCAACCCUACCGCCAUCACAUGUACGUAUCCUUCCCCCAACUGCGACGUUAGCGCUCUUCGAACUUCAUUUCGCUAACAACUGCUCAUAAAACCCUAGAAUUUGAUUGCUGGCGCGAAGUCUCCUAUUUAAUUAGAGUAAAUUUUUCAAUAAUGAGUCCCGUUCAGAAUUUCGAGCAGCACUCGCGGCACCUGAUCGAACCUGACCUCCCAAUUCAGACAAGGCUGCAAAUGGCGAUGGAGGUAAGGGACAGUUUGGAAAUUUGCCAUACAGGGGAGUAUUUGAACUUUUUGAAGUGCUAUUUCCGGGCUUUUUCGACAAUUCUACAUCAAACUACCAAACCCCAGUUUGUCGACAACCAGGAGCACAAACUACGCAACAUUAUAAUUGAGAUUCUUAACCGCCUGCCCCACAGUGAGGUUCUGAGGCCCUUUGUUCAGGAGCUUCUCAAAGUAGCUAUGCAUGUGCUCACAACAGACAAUGAGGAGAAUGGUUUAAUUUGCAUCAGGAUUAUUUUUGAUUUGCUUAGAAACUUUAGGCCGAGUUUGGAGACUGAAGUACAGCCAUUCCUGGAUUUUGUCUGCAAAAUUUACCAGAAUUUUAGGGCUACUGUUAGUUACUUCUUUGAGAAUGGAGCCAUGAUGGUCCCACCACCACCUUUGCCAUCGACCUCUGGCUCCAUGGGGUCUUCUCUUAGUGGUGAUGAUGUGAAGGCUCUGGAAGUUACUGAUCAAGUGGGUCCUUCAGGUGGUUAUGUUGGGGUUUCUGGGCAGCUUAAUCCCAGCACAAGGUCGUUUAAGGUUGUCACAGAGAGUCCAUUGGUUGUUAUGUUUCUGUUUCAGUUGUAUGGCCGACUUGUUCAGACUAAUAUCCCGCAUCUGUUGCCACUGAUGGUGGCAGCAAUAUCAGUCCCAGGCCCAGAGAAGGUACCACCUCAUGUGAAGACUCAUUUUAUCGAGCUGAAGGGUGCACAAGUUAAGACUGUAUCUUUCUUGACUUACCUGCUGAAGAGCUUUGCCGACUAUAUUAAACAACAUGAAGAAAGCAUAUGUAAAAGCAUCGUAAAUCUGCUUGUCACAUGCUCCGACUCAGUUUCAAUUCGGAAGGAACUCUUGGUAGCUCUGAAACAUGUUCUUGGGACGGACUUCAAAAGGGGUUUAUUUCCUUUAAUUGAUACACUUUUAGAUGAGAGGGUGCUCGUUGGAACGGGCCGAGCAUGCUUUGAAACAUUGCGGCCUUUGGCCUAUAGUCUUCUGGCAGAGAUUGUUCAUCAUGUCAGGGGAGAUCUUUCAUUGUCCCAGUUAUCACGGAUUAUUUACCUAUUCUCAAGCAACAUGCAUGAUGCCUCAUUGACCUUGAGCAUUCAUACUACCUGUGCUCGCUUGAUGUUGAAUCUGGUGGAACCUAUUUUUGAGAAAGGUAAUGAUCAGGCAUCAAUGGAUGAGGCACGAGUUUUAUUGGGUCGAAUAUUGGAUGCUUUUGUUGGGAAGUUUAACACCUUCAAGCGUACUAUACCUCAGCUACUAGAGCAGGGAGAGGAGGGGAAAAAUCGGUCAACAUUGAGGUCAAAACUUGAAGUACCAGUACAGGCAGUCCUUAAUUUACCGAUGUCUGUAGAGCAUUCUAAAGAGGUCAAUGACUGUAAGCAUCUGAUAAAGACUUUAGUUAUGGGAAUGAAGACGAUAAUCUGGAGCAUAACCCAUGCACACAUACCAAGAUCACAGGUUUCACCCUCCACGCAUGGUGCCCCUCAGCAAGUGCUUCCGUCGACAUCAUCAGGUUCUUCUGUACCGCAGCCUUUUAAGGGAAUGCGAGAAGAAGAGGUCUGUAAAGCAUCAGGUGUUCUGAAGAGUGGUGUGCAUUGCUUAGCAUUGUUUAAGGAGAAAGAUGAAGAGAGAGAUAUGGUCCACCUCUUUUCCAAUAUAUUGGCCAUCAUGGAACCUAGGGACUUAAUGGACAUGUUCUCUUUAUGCAUACCCGAGCUUUUUGAGUGCAUGAUUUCUAACAGCCAGCUGGUCCACAUUUUCUCUACUCUUCUGCAAGCAGCAAAAGUAUUUCGCCCUUUUGCAGAUGUUUUAGUAAAUUUUCUUGUGAAUAGCAAACUCGAUGUCCUUAAGCAUCCUGAUUCUCCUGCCGCAAAACUUGUUUUGCAUCUCUUCCGGUAUUUAUUCGGUGCAGUUGCAAAGGCUCCAUCAGAUUGUGAGCGUAUUCUUCAACCACAUGUGCCUGUGAUCAUGGAAACUUGCAUGAAAAACGCAACUGAGGUUGAGAGACCAAUUGCAUAUUUGCAACUUCUUCGCACAAUGUUUCGUGCGCUUGCUGGAGGAAAAUUUGAACUUCUGCUUCGGGACUUGAUUCCUAUGUUACAACCAUGCUUAAAUAUGUUGUUAGCUAUGCUUGAGGGACCUACUGGUGAAGAUAUGCGAGAACUUCUAUUAGAGCUUUCUCUGACAUUGCCAUCACGUUUGAGCUCACUGUUACCUCACCUACCCCGUCUUAUGAAACCUCUUGUUAUGUGUCUGAAAGGAAGUGAUGAACUUAUCAACCUUGGUUUGAGAACACUCGAGUUUUGGAUUGAUAGCUUGAAUCCAGAUUUCCUGGAACCAAGCAUGGCAAAUGUCAUGUCUGAGGUUAUUUUGGCUUUGUGGUCUCAUUUAAGGCCUCCACCCUAUCCUUGGGGUGCAAAGUCAUUGCAACUUCUUGGUAAGUUAGGUGGUCGAAACAGACGCUUCCUUAAAGAGCCUCUAGCACUGGAAUCCAAAGAAAAUCCAGAGCAUGGGCUUCGAUUUAUCCUCACUUUUGAGCCUUCCACCCCUUUUCUGGUGCCACUGGAUCGCUGUAUCAAUCUUGCUGUAGGAGCUGUCAUGCAGAAGGGGAGUUCUGUUGAUAGCUUCUAUAGGAAGCAAGCACUAAAAUUUCUUCGUGUAUGCUUAUCUUCUCAGCUUAAUUUGCCUGGACUUUUGAAUGAUGACGGGUCAACAUUUAGGCUGUUGUCAUCUUUUAUAAGUUCUUCUGUUGAUCCAUCCUGGAGAAGAUCUGAUACAUCUGAUAUAAAGGCUGAUCUAGGUGUCAAGACGAAGACCCAACUUAUGGCUGAGAAAUCAGUUUUCAAGAUUCUUUUGAUGACAAUAAUUGCUGCAAGUGUGGAGCCUGAUCUACAGGAACCUAAGGAUGAAUUUGUCAGCCACAUAUGUCGUCAUUUUGCUAUAAUAUUCCAUGUUGAGGUUCCUGUUUCUCAGAGUUCAGUUCCUUCUGCAUCAAUUGGCGGUCCCAUGGUUUCUUCCAGCUCCAGUGUGAGUUCAAAGUCGAGAAAUAACGCUUCUCUGAAAGAGCUGGAUCCUUCGAUAUUUUUAGAUGCUUUGGUAGAGGUUCUGGCAGAUGAAAAUAGACAGCAUGCAAAAGCCGCGUUGAAUUCGUUGAAUAUGUUUUCUGAGACACUUCUGUUUCUUGCUAACUCUAAACAUUCUGAUGUGCUAAUGUCUAGAGGGGGUCCCAGCACUCCUAUGAUUGUAUCCAGCCCCUCAAUGAGCCCUGUAUAUUCACCUCCUCCAAGCAUUCGGGUCCCUUGUUUUGAGCAACUUUUGCCACGCCUUUUACACUGUUGUUAUGGGAGUACCUGGCAAGCACGAAUGGGGGGAGUUAUGGGGCUUGGUGCUUUGAUUGGAAAGGUUACAGUUGAAAUUCUAUGUAUUUUUCAAGUACGAAUUGUUCGGGGGCUAGUCUAUGCUCUUAAAAGACUUCCUACAUAUGCUACUAAAGAACAAGAAGAGUCUAGUCAGGUGCUUACGCAAGUUCUGCGUGUGGUGAAUAAUGUUGAUGAGGCCAACAGUGAAGCUCGCAGACAAAGUUUCCAGGGUGUUGUUGAGUAUUUGGCUUCAGAAUUAUUUAAUGCCAACUCCUCUAUUAAUGUGAGAAAGAUCGUGCAGUCUUCUUUGGCACUUUUGGCUAGUAGGACCGGGAGUGAGGUCUCUGAGUUACUUGAACCUUUGCACCAGCCUUUGCUACAGCCUCUUAUCAUGCGGCCACUGCGGUCUAAAACUGUGGAACAACAGGUUGGCACUGUGACUGCACUGAAUUUUUGCCUGGCUUUGAGGCCUCCGCUUCUGAAGUUAACUCCAGAGCUCAUUAAUUUUCUGCAAGAAGCUUUGCAAAUAGCAGAAUCCGAUGAAUCUGUGUGGGUUGUGAAAUAUAUGAAUCCAAAAAUGGCCACAUCUUUGAAUAAGCUCCGAACUGCUUGCAUUGAACUCUUAUGUACUGCCAUGGCAUGGGCAGACUUUAAAACUCAAAAUCACUCAGAUUUGCGAGCAAAAGUAAUUUCCAUGUUCUUCAAAUCGUUGACAAGCAGGAGUCCUGAAAUUGUAGCUGUUGCGAAGGAAGGUCUGCGUCAGGUUAUUCUACAGCAGAGGAUGCCAAAAGAACUCUUGCAAAGCAGCUUGAGGCCAAUACUAGUUAAUUUGGCACACACCAAGAACCUCAGCAUGCCUCUUUUGCAAGGUCUUGCCCGGCUGCUUGAACUCCUGUCCAACUGGUUCAAUGUUACCUUAGGUGGUAAGUUGUUGGAGCAUCUAAAGAAAUGGCUGGAACCUGAAAAACUUGCGCUGACUCAGAAGGCUUGGAAGGCUGGCGAGGAACCUAAAAUAGCUGCUGCAAUCAUUGAGCUUUUUCACUUGCUUCCUUCUGCGGCUGGAAAGUUCCUUGAUGAUCUUGUAACAUUAACUAUUGAUUUGGAGGCUGCCCUUCCACCUGGGCAAUUUUAUAGUGAGAUCAACAGUCCGUAUCGCUUACCACUGACUAAAUUCCUAAAUCGCUACCCCACCACUGCUGUUGAUUAUUUUCUUACUAGACUAUCACAGCCCAAGUAUUUCAGGAGGUUCAUGUAUAUAAUACGAUCCGAUGCUGGCCAGCCGUUGAGAGAAGAACUUGCAAAGUCUCCUGAUAAAAUAAUAACCAGUGCAUUUCCUGAAUUUGCAAUAAAGAGUGAGGCGGCCCAAGGAUCUUCAAAUCCUUCUGGUUCUGUUGGGGGUGAUGAAAGUCUUGUAAUACCUGAAUCUGAAGAUUCUGUUCAUGCAGUAAACAAUUCCAUGGCAACAUCAGAUGCUUAUUUUCAAGGUCUUGCCCUAGUUAAGACUCUUGUUAAAUUGAUGCCUGUCUGGUUGCAAAGCAACCGUGUUGUAUUUGAUACAUUGGUUCAGCUGUGGAAGUCCCCUGCCAGAAUAUCUCGUUUACAGAAUGAGCAGGAAUUGAACUUGUUGCAAGUAAAAGAAAGCAAAUGGCUUGUCAAAUGUUUUUUGAACUACUUGCGUCAUGACAGAAUGGAAGUUAAUGUAUUGUUUGAUAUUCUUGCCAUCUUCCUGUAUCGCACACGCAUAGACUUUACUUUCUUAAAGGAGUUCUACAUCAUUGAGGUGGCGGAAGGCUAUCCACCCAACUUGAAGAAGACUCUGCUGCUCCAUUUUCUGGAUCUUUUUCAGAUAAAACAAUUAAGCCACGAUCAUAUGGUAAUUGUAAUGCAAAUGCUUAUUCUUCCUAUGUUAGCUCAUGCUUUUCAGAAUGGCCAAACUUGGGAAGUCAUUGAUGCUGCUACAAUCAAGACAAUUGUGGACAAGCUGCUUGAUCCCCCUGAAGAGAUAUCUGCGAACUAUGAUGAGCCGCUCAGGAUUGAGCUUCUGCAGCUUGCUACCCUUCUUCUCAAGUAUCUCCAGAAUGAUCUUGUUCAUCACCGAAAGGAACUUAUCAAAUUUGGCUGGAACCAUCUCAAGCGUGAAGAUAGUGCUAGUAAGCAGUGGGCGUUUGUCAAUGUUUGCCACUUUCUGGAGGCAUAUCAAGCUCCAGAGAAAAUUAUCUUGCAGGUCUUUGUUGCACUUCUAAGGACAUGCCAACAGGAGAAUAAAAUGUUGGUGAAACAAGCUCUUGACAUUCUAAUGCCAGCUCUUCCACGAAGAUUGCCGCUUGGUGACUCACGUAUGCCUAUAUGGAUACGCUAUACGAAAAAAAUCUUAGUGGAGGAAGGCCACUCAAUUCCUAACCUUAUUCACAUAUUCCAGCUCAUUGUCCGCCAUUCAGAUCUUUUCUACAGCUGUAGGGCCCAGUUUGUCCCGCAGAUGGUAAAUUCGCUUAGUCGCCUUGGGCUUCCAUACAAUACCACUGCCGAAAAUAGGCGCCUAGCUAUCGAACUUGCUGGAUUAGUUGUUAACUGGGAGAAACAAAGACAGAGUGAUUUGAGGAAAGGAGCUAAUAAUGAUGGCACCAGCCAGAGUAAUGAUGUACUGAAUGUUACCUCUGCUGUAGGGGAUUCUAAGCUUUCUGUUGAUGGCUCUACAUUUUCUGAUGAUUCAAGUAAGAGAAUAAAGGUCGAGCCUGGUCUGCAAUCUCUCUGUGUCAUGUCACCUGGAGGCCCCUCAUCAAUUCCGAACAUAGAAACGCCUGGGUCUGCUGGACAGCCUGAUGAGGAAUUCAAGCCUAAUGCAGCAAUGGAAGAGAUGAUCAUCAAUUUUCUUAUAAGGGUAGCCCUAGUGAUAGAACCUAAAGAUAAGGAAGCAAGUCUUAUGUACAAGCAAGCUUUGGAGCUUCUGUCUCAAGCUUUGGAAGUGUGGCCGAAUGCUAAUGUCAAAUUUAAUUAUUUGGAGAAGCUGCUCAGCAGUACUCCAUCAUCUCAAUCAAAAGACCCAUCUACUGCUCUAUCCCAGGGUCUAGAUGUGAUGAACAAGGUUCUUGAAAAACAACCACAUUUGUUUGUGAGAAAUAAUAUCAACCAGAUUUCCCAAAUUCUAGAGCCAUGUUUCAAGUUCAAGAUGCUUGAUGCUGGAAAUUCUUUGUGCUCCCUCCUAAAGAUGGUUUCUGCUGCAUUUCCUCCUGAAGCAUUAAAUACGCCACAAGAUGUGAAGAUGUUGUAUCAAAAGGUUGAAGAGCUCGUACAAAAGCAUCUUGCUAUGGUUGCUGCUCCUCAAACAUCAGGGGAAGAUAAUUCUGCUAGCAUGAUUAGCUUUGUGCUUUAUGUGAUUAAAUCCUUGGCAGAGGUGCAUAAAAACCUUGUUGACCCUAUCAAUUUGGUCCGUGUCCUUCAGCGUCUGGCACGUGAUAUGGGAUUGUCUAGUGCCACUUAUAACAGACAAGGUCAAAGAACAGACUCAGAUUCUGCAGUCACUUCCUCUCGUCAAGGUGCUGAUGUUGGGGUGGUUAUUGCAAACUUAAAAUCUGUGUUGAAACUUAUUACUGAAAGAGUUAUGAUUGUACCUGAUUGUAAAAGAUCUGUAACUCAGAUUCUGAACUCCUUGCUGUCUGAGAAAGGCACCGAUCCUUCUGUGCUUAUCUGCAUUCUAGAUUUAAUAAAGGGUUGGAUCGAAGAUGAUUUUGGUAAACCUGGAAAUCCUGUAGCGUCUAGUACUUUUCUUACCCCCAAGGAAGUUGUUUCUUUCCUCCAGAAGCUUUCACAAGUCGAUAAGCAGAACUUGUCUCCUAGCACUGCAGAAGAAUGGGAUCAGAAGUACCUUGAACUUCUAUAUGGGCUUUGUGCUGACUCAAAUAAAUAUCCUCUUUCGAUGCGUCAAGAAGUGUUCCAGAAAGUAGAGCGGCAGUAUCUACUGGGCUUACGGGCAAAAGAUCCUGAAGUGCGCAUGAAAUUUUUUGGUCUUUACCAUGAAUCCCUUGGGAAAACCUUGUUUACAAGGCUUCAGUACAUCAUUCAGUAUCAGGAUUGGGAGGCUUUGAGUGAUGUCUUCUGGCUGAAACAGGGUCUUGAUCUCCUUUUGGCUAUAUUAGUUGAGGACAAGCCUAUAACACUGCCCCCAAACUCUGCAAAGAUCCGACCUGUUUCAGUGUCAGGUGCAGUUUCUGAUGGUACUGGUGUGCAGCCAAUGGCUAUUGAUAUUCCCGAUGGCUCAGAAGAAGCUCCUUUAACACUUGAUGCCCUUGUCUUGAAGCAUGCUAAUUUCCUUAAUGAAAUGAGCAAACUUAAGGUGGCAGAUCUUAUCAUCCCACUUAGAGAGCUGGCCCAUACAGAUGCAAAUGUUGCAUAUCAUUUGUGGGUUUUGGUGUUUCCCAUUGUUUGGGUAACCUUGCAUAAGGAAGAGCAGGUGGCACUAGCUAAGCCUAUGAUAGCUCUUUUAUCAAAAGAUUAUCACAAAAAGCAGCAAUCACAUCGACCAAAUGUCGUGCAAGCUCUUUUAGAAGGACUUCAAUUAAGUCACCCUCAACCACGUAUGCCCAGCGAACUAAUUAAGUACAUAGGAAAGACAUACAAUGCAUGGCAUAUUGCGCUGGGACUGCUUGAAAGCCACGUAAUGCUGUUCUUGAAUGACACAAAAUGUUCUGAAUCUUUGGCUGAGCUUUACCGUCUACUUAAUGAGGAGGAUAUGAGAUGUGGUUUGUGGAUGAAGCGUUCAAUCACUGCAGAAACUAGGGCUGGGCUAUCACUUGUUCAGCAUGGCUAUUGGCAAAGGGCACAGAGUCUUUUCUAUCAGGCUAUGGUGAAGGCAACUCAGGGCACAUACAACAAUACUGUACCAAAAGCUGAGAUGUGCCUUUGGGAAGAGCAGUGGCUACAGUGUGCUACUCAACUUAGUCAAUGGGAUGCUCUUUCUGAGUUUGGAAAACUUGUCGAGAAUUAUGAGAUACUGCUUGACAGUCUGUGGAAACAGCCAGAUUGGGUUUAUUUAAAAGAACAGAUUAUUCCUAAGGCACAAUUAGAAGAAACUCCAAAACUUCGUAUCAUUCAGGCAUAUUUCGCACUUCAUGAGAAGAAUACCAAUGGGGUACCAGAAGCAGAAAACAUAGUGGGGAAAGGAGUUGAUCUAGCUUUGGAACAGUGGUGGCAAUUGCCUGAAAUGUCUGUUCAUGCCAGGGUACCUCUUUUACAGCAGUUUCAGCAACUGGUUGAAGUCCAGGAAUCAACCAGGAUUAUAGUAGAUAUUGCAAAUGGUAACAAACUUUCUGGCAAUUCUGUUGGUGGUGUUCAUGGUAGCUUGUAUGCAGAUCUCAAGGAUAUUCUGGAGACAUGGAGAUUGAGGACCCCGAAUGAAUGGGACAAUAUGUCUGUUUGGUAUGAUUUGCUUCAAUGGAGAAAUGAGAUGUACAAUGCAGUUAUAGAAGCAUUCAAAGAUUUUGGCAAUACGAAUUCACAACUGCAUCAUCUUGGUUUCCGGGACAAGGCUUGGAAUGUCAAUAAGCUUGCUCACAUUUCUCGCAAGCAUGGCUUAUAUGACGUUUGUGUUUCUAUUCUAGAGAAAAUGUAUGGUCACUCCACGAUGGAAGUUCAGGAAGCUUUUGUGAAAAUUAGAGAACAAGCUAAAGCAUACUUGGAAAUGAAGGGAGAGCUUACCAGUGGUCUUAAUUUGAUUAAUAGUACUAAUCUUGAAUAUUUUCCUGUCAAAAACAAGGCUGAGAUUUUUCGCCUUAAAGGCGAUUUUCUGUUGAAGCUUAGUGACUGUGAAGGUGCCAACCUUGCAUAUUCCAACGCUAUCUCUCUCUUCAAGAACUUGCCUAAAGGGUGGAUUAGUUGGGGAAAUUAUUGUGAUAUGGCUUACAGGGAAACUCAUGAAGAGGUCUGGUUGGAGUAUGCUGUGAGCUGCUUUCUUCAGGCCAUUAAAUUCGGCAUUCCGAAUUCAAGAAGCCACCUUGCCCGUGUUUUAUAUCUUCUCAGCUUUGAUACUCCUAAUGAGCCUGUGGGGAGAGCAUUUGAUAAGUUCUUGGAUCAGAUACCUCAUUGGGUUUGGCUUUCUUGGAUUCCGCAAUUACUAUUGUCCCUUCAGAGAAGUGAAGCUCCUCAUUGCAAACUUGUUUUACUUAAAGUUGCAACUAUAUAUCCACAGGCAUUGUAUUACUGGCUUCGCACAUACUUGCUGGAACGCCGGGAUGUUGCAAAUAAAUCUGAAUACGGUAGAAUUGCAAUGGCUCAAAGAAUGCAGCAAAGUGUCUCUGGUGUUGGCACAGCAGGGUCAAUUGGAUUGGCUGAUGGAAGUGCAAGAGUUCAGGGUGGAAGUGCGAUAGUCUCUGAAAACCAACCUGCUGGAAGUAUUGGGUCACAUGAUGGAAAUAGCUCUCAGGGGCCAGAGGGUGAAAGGUCAGCUACUGCUGAAGGUGUCAUGGCUUCUGGGAAUGACCAAUCACUGCAUCAAGGCACAUCCAACAAUGAAGGACAGAAUGCAAUGAGGCGAAAUGGUGCCAUGGGAUUGGUUGCGUCUGCUGCCAGUGCUUUUGAUGCUGCAAAAGACAUAAUGGAGACCCUUAGGAGCAAGCACAACAAUCUUGCUAGUGAACUUGAGAUUCUACUUACUGAAAUUGGGUCUAGGUUUGUUACUCUACCUGAGGAGCGACUUCUGGCUGUAGUUAAUGCCUUGCUCCAUCGCUGCUACAAAUAUCCAACUGCCACGACUGCAGAAGUUCCACAAUCUCUCAAAAAAGAGCUUUCUGGUGUUUGCAGAGCUUGCUUUUCUGCAGAUGCUGUGAACAAGCAUGUUGAAUUCGUGAGAGAAUACAAGCAGGACUUUGAGCGCGACCUAGAUCCAGAUAGUACUGCAACAUUCCCAGCUACCCUUGCAGAUCUAACUGAAAGAUUGAAGCACUGGAAAAAUAUUUUGCAGAGCAAUGUUGAAGAUCGGUUUCCAGCUGUUUUGAAGUUGGAAGACGAAAGCAGGGUAUUACGGGAUUUCUACGUUGUUGAUGUGGAAGUUCCAGGGCAAUAUUUUGCUGAUCAGGAAGUCGCACCUGAUCAUACAGUGAAGCUAGAUAGGGUGGGUCCCGACAUUCCUAUUGUUAGAAGGCAUGGUAGCAGUUUCCGCCGUUUAACUCUGAUAGGUUCUGAUGGCUCUCAGCGCCAUUUUAUAGUUCAGACAUCUUUGACUCCAAAUGCUAGAAGCGAUGAGAGAAUCUUGCAACUCUUCCGCUUAAUGAAUCGGAUGUUUGAUAAGCAUAAGGAGUCCAGGCGUCGCCACAUCUGCAUACACACUCCAAUUAUUAUUCCUGUUUGGUCACAGGUGCGUAUGGUUGAAGAUGAUCUUAUGUACAGCACCUUCCUUGAGGUAUACGAGAAUCAUUGUGCUAGAAAUGACAGAGAAGCAGACUUGCCAAUUACUUACUUUAAAGAGCAACUGAACCAAGCCAUAUGUGGUCAAAUAUCGCCAGAAGCUGUUGUAGAUCUUCGUCUGCAAGCAUACAAUGAUAUUACCAAAAAUAUCGUGAGCGAGAGCAUUUUCUCUCAGUACAUGUAUAAAACUUUGUUGAAUGGGAAUCAUACUUGGGCAUUCAAGAAACAAUUUGCAGUCCAAUUAGCACUCUCCAGCUUCAUGUCCUACAUGCUACAAAUUGGAGGAAGGUCCCCAAACAAGAUUCUGUUCGCGAAAAACACAGGAAAAAUAUUCCAGACAGAUUUUCAUCCAGCAUAUGAUGCAAAUGGAAUGAUCGAGUUCAAUGAGCCUGUGCCUUUCCGAUUGACAAGGAAUCUGCAGGCAUUCUUCUCUCACUUUGGGGUGGAAGGCCUUAUUGUCUCUGCAAUGUGUGCAGCUGCACAGGCUGUGGUUUCUCCAAAACAAAGCCAGCACCUUUGGCAUCAUUUGGCAAUGUUCUUCCGUGAUGAACUGAUAUCGUGGUCUUGGAGAAGACCACCUGGCAUGCCAAUGGCUCCUGUUGGAGGCGGAAGCUUAAACAAUGUGGAUCUCAAGCAGAAAGUCGCUACAAACGUGGAGCAUGUCAUAGGCCGGAUCAACAGCAUAUCCCCACAAUACGUCUCUGAAGAGGAGGAAAACGGUGUAGAUCCACCACAAUCAGUGCAGCGAAGCAUAGCAGAGUUGGUUGAGGCUGCUCUCACACCCAGAAACCUUUGCAUGAUGGAUCCGACAUGGCACCCUUGGUUCUAAAUUGUGCCCAAUGAUCUCAGCAUCUUGAAUGUAUAGAUCUGCUCGGUUAACUAUAUAUGUAUAUCUGUUGAUCUCGUGGAUAGUGCAUUCUAUAAUAGCUACACCACUGACUAUGGAUAUGAUUGGAGACCUUAUGAUCAGAGAAUAUUAAGCUGUAAAUAUUCUAAAUUAAUGCUAAUUCUGAUUUGGUUUUUGUCU